AGAAACAUAGAAAGUAUCAAACUUUCAAAAGGAAACAUAAAAAUCCUUUCUCACAGAGUUUUGAUGGUCAAAGAAAAACUAUGUCACAAUCAGUGGGUCCAUCUUUGCCUGAGAACAACAAAUCCUGCAUCUUCUACAAGCUAAUGGUGCCCUCCAUUCUCCAUGACAAGAAGCUAAGGAUCCCGAAUAAGUUCGUCAAGAGAUUCGGCGACGAACUCGCUUCGAUCGCUACGCUCGCCGUUCCCGGUGGCCGGCAAUGGCUAGUCGAAUUGUGGAAAGAUGACAAGAAGAUAUGGCUCGACAGUGGUUGGAAUACGUUUGUCGAACAUUAUUCCAUCUGCAUUGGGUACUUCUUGGUGUUCAAAUACGAAGGGAAUUCUCGUUUCGAUGUUAAUGUGUAUAAUCUAAAAGCUUCGGAGAUCGAUUACCUGUCGAAUGGUCUAAAUAAUUUGCCGGAACCGGUUUGUAAUCCGCGUUUAAAAGACGUCAAAGAUGGUGACUUUGCUGAUAAGGAUGUUGAAGAUUGUCUAUAUCAUGAUAGGAAGAGGUAUAAGAGCUCUACAUGCCUGCAUUCAAACCAUGAACUUCAUGAUUUACGAGCAAUGCCUCGAUCUACCCGAGACAAAGGCAUUCAGUUCAAUGGGGUUGAUGUUACGAGUACCGGAGAUGAAGGCAGACUGUGUUUCUCGAACGAGACACAACGGAUCAACGAAGCUAUGAAACAAGAACCGGACCUGAAUAUGGAAGAACACGGGCCAUUAUGGAAAAUCAAAGUGAAAGACGAGCUUCCAGCCCCGAACUCUCCGAGUGUUCCCCGUAGGCGGCGAGACGUGACAGCAGAAGGAAAACAGAACGCGUUCCAUGCGGCUUCGAUGUUCAAACCCGACAAUCCUUUCUGCAGGGUCAUCUUGCGACCAUCCUACGUAUACAAGGGAGUACUUCUCCACUUGCCCCGCUGCUUUGCUCAGAAGUACCUGAACGGAGUCGACGGGGUUAUAACGCUCCAGGUAUCGGACGGUGAAAAAUGGCCAGUCCAAUGUGUUUAUGGUAACAACAACUUGAAGUUCAGCAAAGGAUGGGCCGAAUUCGUCAUGGAUAACGACUUAGACGAAGGAGAUGUUUGCAUAUUCGAGCUGAUUAACACGAAAGAGAUUGUGCUGAAAGUUACCAUAUUCCGAGCUCUUCGGCCGAGUAAUCCGAUCGUCGCCUAGAUAAUACCAUCAGGUACCUCUUUCGUGCAGGUUAUUGUAAUGACAUUGAACUCGACUGCGGUAGCAUAAAUGUGUAUAAAAUCCUAGACGAGUUUGAGUUAUAACUCAGCUGCUUUAUUGGUAUAUUUGCAAUUUAGUGUAU